UCACAUCCACGCCCACAAUGGGAGGGUAGGGCCUCACCGGCAAGGCAGGGUUACGUGCUGACGCUACACGCCGGGGCGGGGCCGAGAGUUUGGAGCCCCGGAGUGGGGUGUCGGCGCCUCAUUCGGGUGGAGCUGAGCCGGAGACAGCCAGUUGUGAAAGACUUCAGGACAAAAAUGUUUCAUUUAAGGACUUGUGCUGCUAAGUUGAGGCCGGUGACGGCUUCCCAGACUGUUAAGACAUUUUCACAAAACAGACCACCAGCAGCUAGGACAUUUCAACACAUUCGGUGCUAUUCCGCACCUGUUGCUGCUGAACCAUUUCUCAGUGGGACUAGUUCAAACUAUGUGGAGGAGAUGUACUGUGCUUGGCUGGAAAACCCCAAAAGUGUACACAAGUCAUGGGACAUUUUUUUUCGCAACACCAAUGCCGGAGCUCCCCCAGGCACUGCCUACCAGAGUCCCCUGCCCCUGAGCCGAGGCUCCCUUGCUGCUGUAGCCCAUGCACAGUCCCUGGUGGAGGCCCAGCCCAACGUGGACAAGCUCGUGGAGGACCACCUGGCAGUGCAGUCCCUCAUCAGGGCGUAUCAGAUACGAGGGCACCAUGUAGCACAGCUGGACCCCCUGGGGAUUUUGGAUGCUGAUCUGGACUCCUCCGUGCCCGCUGACAUUAUCUCAUCCACAGACAAACUUGAUCUUGCAGUUUUCAAGGAACGACUUCGA